GCCUAGAAACCCAACUAACAGCAAGGUUACAACAUAAACAUGAGCCAUGGGCUUUCGAACCUCUCUUUCACUCUUUGAUGUGAGCCGAAAACGACAUAUUCAAAAUCUAGACCCUUGGGCAUCAGUACCUACCUGGCGAGAGGACAAUUGAUACCAACGCUUGGGCUGCAAUGUCGACGCUUGGAUAAGCGGGGUUGGGAGGUAAGCGCGCAUAAACCUGCAUUUGAAGAUGUGCCCCUACUACUGCUUCUUGAAUGUGCGACUGCGUCCUUUUUGCAGAACCAUAAGAUCUCAACCGUGCUUCAUGGUGUAACUUGUAUUCUCGAUAGAAUGCACCUCCCGAAUUUCCAUUCCGCCCAAAAUGCAGCCUGGAGGUUGCUUGCAGUGGUGAAAGCAGUUUUUCAGACAACAAAAGACAUCCCUCCUGUCGACGCCUACACAGUCGGCUGGAUUUGUGCUCUGCGAGAAGAGUACGAUGCGUCUUGCCGAAUGCUGGACGAAGAGUUCGAAAACCCAGGCACUGAGCAAUUGCGCGACCCGAAUGCCUAUGUCUUUGGCCGCAUCGGGGAGCAUUUGGUGGCUCUCACACUCUUACGGACGGGUUCCUUCAAGAGCUAUAUUGCUGCACAAACAGCCCGAGAUAUGGCUCGCUCAUUUCCUCACUUGCGGUUCAUACUGUCGGUUGGCGUUGGAGACGGAAACCCUAGCCCAGAACAUGACGUCCAGGUAGGUGAUAUUGUGGUUGGUGUGCCCACGAAUACGGCUCGCGGCAUAGAGCAAUAUGAUAUGAGAAAGCAUCUUCGGGGUGGCCGCUUCGAACUAACUGGGCGAUUGAAUCCUCCACCAGAUGUGCUUCUGUCGGCAGUCUCCAAAGUACAAGGCCAAUAUAAUGGCCCGAUGAAGUCAGACAUCACAACGGAGCAUCUGAAACGGAUGAACGACUUGCCUGGAUUUCAACGUCCUGAGUAUGACCGAGUGUACCAUUCCGAUCAUAGGCAUGGUGGACAGAGUAAAGGAUCUGAAACCAGAGACAGGCUCGAUCGGAGAGGGAGCAAUUGCACUACCCGUGGAGUAAUGGCCCAUUAUGGGACAAUUGCUUCAGGUUGUGAGAUCGCGGAUGUCGUCACCAAGGCCGUAUACGCAGAUGACCCUAAGAUGAACAUCCUAUGCUAUGACACUGUAGCCGCAGGCUUGAUGAAUAGCUUUCCUUCGUUCAUCAUACGAGGAAUCGGCGACUAUUGUAAUAGCUGCCAGGAUGAUAGAUGGCGCAGUUAUGCUGCAUCGACGGCUGCAUCAUAUGCUCGCGAGCUGCUUCUCACUGUCAGGGCUGAGGGAGCGGUUAAUGAGCCAAGGCAAGAAAGUCUCGUGCACCUUCCGGGUACAGUGUGAACAUUCUUUCUCUCGAUGUAAUGUGAUGAGCAGUGUGUUCGGCACCAACAUCAUAUUCCACCAGUUGCAUGGCAAAGUCCAAGUGAGCAUGCGCCUCAAUAACUUUU